AUGUGCGACGGUUCAACAUCUACAAAAGGUCUACCAUACAAGCUGGCCGAAGAGAGCAGAGUAAAAACUCUCAUACCGAAUGAUUUGGUGGUAUCGCGGAGUAACUGCAUAAAGACAUUGAACAGCUCUUCGCCCAAAGUAGACUCCAUCUCCUGUAUAGACAUCUGGCUGAAUUACGCCAAUGGCUUGCUGAGUUACAGGUACGAGGCCGGUAAUGUUGAUCCUCUUGUAGAAGAGGAAAUCUCUCAGGUCUUGAUCAACGUGGCCACAUUCUAUGAAGAUAUCGGCAUCGAAACCUUGCACAGAGCGUAUGAAUCUUCACAGCCAUCGAACAACCUAUGGGUCACGAGCGGGACUUAUUUGAAAAGAGGAUUAGGCUUGGUCUGCUUUCUUAAGGCUAUUUCGCAAACAAAUGCGGUUGCUGACCCCAAGAAUAUGCAGGUGCUCAACAUUUCCAACCAGCUGUCUCUGGAGUUCCAAUUGUUGCAACAACUGGGAAUUGUCAUUUUGGCAUUAUCCAAAUUGAGAUCAAAAGUCAGCAAGGAUGCUGUUGUGGAUCUCGAACCCCACGAACUUAAAGAACUGGGCACGUCCAGUGUCUUCUACGCCAAGCUUUGUAUUGGGUCCUAUAACACUGCAUUGCAAUGCCAGGAUGGCCGUAUAGUGGACGUCCUCUUCUUAAAGUAUUUACAGAGUUUGAUCUAUCUUUUCCUGUCAAUUAACCAGUAUAAUAUGGACGAAUGUGGGAUCGCCAUUGGAAUGCUUCAAGAAUCGGUCAAAAAACUAUUGAAUAUAGUCCCUAACUCGCAGCUCAAAGAACUGGACAUCCUAUCUUCCACAGAUAUCACAAAGAAGAGGGAUAUUUUGAAAAAGGCUUUUAAAAGGAAGAUACAUACCACUACUUUAAAGACGAGUCACAUAUUUGAGAAGAAAGCAUCCUCUACAUACAAAAACGGCAUGAUGCCCUUAUUAAAUCUCUCGUUGAAUGAUUUUAUAAUCCCCCUAACAAUACUAUUAAGAUACAGGUACCAAAGAACCAACGAUAAUUUUUCAUAUAAACCGGUAGAGAAUGACAUUGAGAAAUUGAACAAGCUCUUGCCCAGGGGCAAGUCGUCGGAUAUAGAAGGUAUCCCAUGGACGUUUCAAAAUGGUCAUUUAACAUUUGAAAACUCAAACGACGCUAGCAAUGAGAACGAAAACUACUUCUGA